AAUGCAACUUUUUCAAAUCUUCAAAGUAGGAAUGCUGUUGUAUUUCUAAACACCAGCCUUUUAUUCCUCUUAUAUACGCUCAUUUUCAAUUGGGAACAGCAAUUCCCUCUCUUCCUAUCAAUUCACUUCGAGUACUUGUGUACACAGCAACGGUUUUGCACGUUGGUUGUUUCUCGCACAUAAAUAUACGAAACUUCCUUGCAACCUUUUUCUUACCCCCCUCCAAAAUACUUCUGUACAAAAACGCAUCUGGGGGACAUCAUCUUUUCGUCACCGCCUUUCGUGUACAAAGACAUUCAAUUUCAGGUGCAAUUGCGCCCAUUGAAAAGAGGGUCGAAAUGUUUUGUACUCGUUUGAAUCUCUCGUUUGAAGGAUUAAAGGGCUCUCGGUGAUUCUUUCGUGUGCUGCGCCUACUACUAGGAAGGCCAAGCCAAGUAUACUCGCAAUUGACUAAUAGGUCAAUAUUGCUUCACGUCGGAGAGAACUUGCUGUAUUAUAUCUGGUUAGUGAAUGGGUCAAUUGUUUGGUAUGUGUUUAGUUGACGACGUUUUUUCUGACGAGUUGUAGUAUACUUUUGUGUGUAAUGUGAUAUCGUCGUUGAUUGAUUCAUUCGACGUGAGGAAUAUACUAAUUAAAAAUUCAAACAUUAUAAUUUCUGGAAGUUGAGACGGGAGGAACAAUUCGCUCGCGUUAUUCGGUUUCAGUUCAGUCUCAAUUAUUCACUCAGCUGGACAAAUCCAUCUUUUGGUCACCAUCCAAUUCUCUAAGGUUAUUCACAAAUCAUCUGGCGCCUGCUAUACAGACCAUUAAACAUUCGGAUACAGCUGGAUAUAGGAGUCGACCGUAGCACCGCGGGGACAGGAAUUUAGUGAUUUGGACGAGAGAUUCGAAGGACGUUUGUUUACCUGGUGGUUGCUAAAGUAAAGGCUAUUUGUUUUGAUUCAUUGGAACCACACUCUCGAACCUCAACACUCUUUAAUUUUUUCAAGACCUUGUUGGAUACAUCAACAGAUCAGGCCUUCAAACUCUUCACUGGCUUUCUUCUUUCUUUUAAAAUAAUCAACCAGGAGAAGCUUAUCACUGGAUUUGUUCAAUUGGUGUUUUCAGCUCUUAUUUCUUCAACGCGAUUCUUUCAUCGAGCAACCACUACUGGAUCGAGCCUAUCUAUAAAAUAUUUCUUUCAGCAAUUGACUCUGUUCUGAGCCUACUCCAUCGAAAAGUUGUUUGCUUUUGCUUUCACUUGCAGCGCCAAAUUCCGAGUCAAUUUUUACACAUUUUACGACCAACGCAAUGGCGUCAUCAGAGGUUGACACAAAGUUCCUAGGACAAUUCGCAAAGAAUAUACAACUUGAUCAUCCGCUCCUCGCGCAAAGCCUCUUUCAGAUUUUGGGAAAUCUCACAAUGCUUUCAAAAAUGGUUGUGAAAGCGCGAAAGCUCAGGCGCCUUGAUACGACCCGUGACACCAAAUCUGUCGAGCUUUAUACUAGAAUUGUGUGGUAUGCGAAAGAAGGAUUAAAAAUUCUAGAGCAAUUCGUUUUACCUCUAGUGGCAGGUUUUGGAGAGUUGAAGGUCUUGAUUUAUAAGUUGAGAGCUAGCUAUUAUCAUCUUUACGUCCUCUUCCAUAACACUCCCGCUAUUACCCUUCGAACUUCAAAAAUAUCUACACCACCUGGUUUGGCAUCACCACGUCAUAGGGAUAAAGGCAGAGGCGGCGAUACAAUCCCAAUACCCGAUUCGCACCGUCCAUCUAGCGUCCAACCGACACAUCCACUCGAAGGCGGACCCGUAGGAGGACCCCCUGGUCUUGCCAUCCCUCCACCCGACCUUGUAGGUAGUUUCCUCAUUCCCGCCCUCGAUUACCGACCUUUCACAACCCAAUGUUUUGAAGAAGCCUCCGCACUCGCCGAUCGUCAACUCUGGGGAUCUCACCCCCUUCGUCUCUCGGUAAAAGUCGAAUACACAGCUUUUAUAUACGAUUGUUUAGAUCAAGCUCAUCGAUCGCGAGAAUUGGCCAAGAAAACUAUUGGCGAGGUGUAUAAUGCGGACGAGGGGAUGGAUGAUGACAUGUUUGAAGAUGCUGCGGAGCUGGUGAGUAUUUUGGGGAAGAUGGUAAAGAGGGGAUUGGGAGCGGGUACUGCGAGUGGGGGGGCUAGUACGGUGGGUGCGAGCUCGGAUGGAAAGUCAAAAGGGAGGAGUCCGGAAAUGGAAAGUACGCCGAGGUUGGCUGGGGGUGCGUUACCACCUAUGCAUAAUCCUAUUUGAGAUUUGUUAUUAUGGUGAACAAAAAGUGGAUUCCGGUCAUGUUGUGAUGCUACGCUGCGGAUACUGCUGCUCGAUUUCGACAUUAUCUAAGUACCUAUGAACUUCUUCCUCCUUUGUUUUUUAGAUUCACUACGGAGUACACGAGGAUCAAGAAGGAGACAUACGGUAUGGUUGAUAUUCUAAAAAGAAAUACACCACCACACCCCAGCACAUCAAACCCUAAAUCCCACGCCAAACAGACCGAAAAAGAAGAAGAAGAAACAGAACUAUCGAGAUAUAUUUUAGCAGGCAAAAAAAAACACAAACAAAAAUCAUCUAUUUUUGACUGAUGAGAAUGUAGCCAAGGGAAGCUAUACACACACACACACACACACAUACACACAUAUGUAUCAUAGCGAUGAAGUAAGUAAGUAAGUGGUGAGAUUCUUACCCAGGGGGAUUACAAGAAGUAUUUGUAUCUGUAUGAUUGUUAGUU